AGGAGGAAACAGGAAGCCAUUUAUCAUAAUGACAUUUUGAAACGCCAAAAUUGAUAUUUGACCCUCUUGGGUCGCCGUACUUUCGCUCGCUGAACGGCGCGGGUGUAUUGAUGUUUAGCGGGAGAGAAAAGAGGCAAUUUCAAUUUUGGAGAAUUAACUAGGUCCCAGUUAAACAGCAAAGCGCAGAACAAUAACGCGUGCACGUUGAAAAUAAAUCAAAAUGAGUUUAUGGGUGGAUAAAUACAGACCCACUUCUCUGGGGAAACUGGAUUAUCAUAAAGAGCAGGCGAAUCAGCUGAAAAAUUUGGUUCAGUGUGGCGAUUUUCCGCAUUUGCUGGUGUACGGUCCUUCUGGGGCAGGAAAGAAAACACGCAUAAUGUGCCUGCUGCGGGAGCUGUACGGCCCGGGGGUCGAGAAACUAAGAAUCGAGCAUCAGUCGAUCACGGCCCCAUCAAAAAAGAAGAUUGAAAUAAACACAAUAGCAAGUAACUACCACCUGGAAGUAAAUCCAAGCGAUGCGGGCACCGGCGACCGCGUCGUCGUUCAAGAACUGAUAAAGACUGUGGCGCAAUCCCAGCAGAUCCAGUCGAGCACCCAGAGAGAAUUCAAAGUGGUGUUGCUGACGGAGGUGGACCAGCUCACCAAGGACGCCCAGCAUGCCCUGCGUCGCACCAUGGAGAAGUACAUGGCCACCUGCAGGCUGAUCCUGUGCUGCAACUCCACCUCCAAGGUCAUCGCGCCCAUCCGCAGCAGGUGCCUGGCAGUGCGGGUGCCUUUGCCCAGUGUGGAAGAGGUGCGCACCGUUCUGACCAAUGUGUGCCGGAAGGAAGGUCUCUCGCUCCCGGGGGAGCUGGCCAAACAGAUCGCCGACAAGUCAGGCCGCAACCUGCGCAAGGCCCUGCUCAUGUGCGAAGCCUGCAGGGUGCAGCAGUACCCCUUUUCUGCAGAUCAGGACAUAUCUGAGACGGACUGGGAGGUCUAUUUGAGGGAGACUGCCAAUGCCAUCGUCAGCCAGCAGAGCCCGCAGAGGCUGCUGGAGGUGCGUGGCCGCCUGUAUGAGCUGCUUACCCACUGCAUACCGGCCGAGAUCAUCAUCAAGGGCUUGGUCUCGGAGCUGCUCAGCAACUGCGACGGGCACCUGAAGGCCGAGGUGGCCCAGAUGGCUGCGCACUACGAGCACCGGCUACAGCUGGGCAGCAAGGCCAUCUACCACCUGGAGGCCUUCGUGGCCAAGUUCAUGGCCGUUUACAAGAAGUUCAUGGAGGACGGGCUGGAUGGGAUGAUGUUCUGAGGCUGGGGUGCCGCCGCGCUUGCAGAAUGCCGAAGUCAUCCCACCUGGCGUUCCUUGUUUUGCUCGUUAAGUCACUCAUUAAAAAUGAAACUGGCAGGACUGUAGUCCAGUGAGCUGGACAUGACCCACUGGCCUAUAUUAUAGAAGUCGUGUUAAAGUCAUUUUGUAAUAAAUAUUUAAUAAAACAA